UUUGUCUCGCGAUAAGACGCGAGAGUUAAGAGCCGCUCUGGAUACUCUGAUGGAGUGAAGACGAGAAAAGUGACGGUUAUCAGUCUCAUCCCAGCCGUUAACGGGGUCUUUUCUUUAAUAAGCGGCCAUGUUGUCCUGUCUUCUUCUCGGCCUGCUGGCUCUCCUCUUCUUCCAGAGCUCAGUGUCGGCCGACCAGCGGAGGCGCUCUCCAGAAAAUGUGCUGGUGAUCACUGCUGCAACGGAGGAGACUGACGGCUUCAACCGCUUCAUGAGGACGGCCAGAGAGUUCAAAUACGAUGUGAAGGUGCUGGGUCUGGGGGAGCAGUGGAAGGGGGGAGACGUGGCUCGGACGGUGGGCGGCGGUCAGAAGGUCAGAUGGUUGAAGGCAGAGCUGCUGAAACACUCUGACAACAAAGACCUGGUCGUCAUGUUCGUAGACAGCUAUGACGUGAUCUUUGCGUCGGGUCCGGAGGAGCUGCUCUCUAAGUUCUCUCGUCUGGGUCACAGAGUGGUUUUCUCAGCGGAGGGCUUCUGCUGGCCCGACCAGAGACUGGCCUCCAAAUACCCAGAGGUGCAUUCUGGGAAACGCUUCCUCAACUCAGGAGGGUUCAUCGGCUUCGCUUCAGAUCUCAGCUCAAUGGUUCAACAAUGGAAAUAUAAAGACAACGAUGACGACCAGCUGUUCUACACCAAGAUAUACCUGGACAAGAAACAGAGGGCCAAGUUCAACAUCACUCUCGACCAUCGCUCCAGAAUCUUCCAAAAUCUGAACGGAGCUGUUGAGGAAGUCGUCCUGAAGUUUGAGAGGGCAAAGGUGAGAGCCAGGAACGUGGCCUAUGACACACUUCCUGUCAUCAUCCACGGAAACGGCCCCACCAAGCUGCAGCUGAACUACCUGGGUAACUACGUUCCCACAGCCUGGACCUUUGAGAACGGAUGUGGGAUCUGUGACGACGACCUGCUGUUCUUCAACGACGCUCCCGACGAAAGCAUGCCGCUGGUGUACGUCGCCGUGUUCAUCGAGCACACCACUCCCUUCAUGGAGGAGUUCUUGGACCGGCUGACGACGCUCAACUACCCGAUGGCGAGGAUCCGCCUCUUCGUCCACAACAACGUUGUGUACCAUGAGCGCCACAUCCAGAAGUUCUGGGAGCGCCACAGAGAUCUGUUCCCCGAUGCCCUGCUGGUUGGACCGGAGGAGAACCUGCAGGAGAACAAGGCCAGAGCCAUGGCUGUCGAGGCGUGUAAGAAGGAUCCAGAGUGUGAUUACUACUUCAGCAUCGACUCUGACGUGGCCCUGACAAACCCUGACACACUGAGGAUACUAAUCGAAGAAAACAAGUCAGUUAUCGCUCCCAUGUUGUCCAGACACGGGAAGCUGUGGAGUAACUUCUGGGGCGCUCUGAGUCCUGAAGGGUUCUACUCCAGAUCUGAAGACUACAUCGAGAUCGUCCAGGCCAAGAGGAUGGGUCUGUGGAACGUGCCGUACAUCACUCAGGCCUACCUGAUCAAAGGCAGCGUGUUGCGGUCCAAGCUGUCCCAGGUGAGCCUGUACGUGGAGGAGGGGAUGGACCCCGACAUGGUGUUCUGCAGGAGCAUCAGAGACCAGGGAGUCUUCAUGUUCGUGUCCAACCGCGACGAGUUUGGUCGUCUGGUGGCGUCGGCCAACUUCAACACGUCCAGGCUUCACCCGGACAUGUGGCAGAUCUUCGACAACCCUGUGGACUGGAAGGAGAAGUACAUCAGUGAAAACUACUCCAAGAUCUUUGAGGAUGAGAAGAACUUUGUGGAGCAGCCCUGUCCAGAUGUUUACUGGUUUCCAGCCUUCUCAGAUAAGAUGUGUGAUCAUCUGGUGGAGACCAUGGAGCACAAUGGCGAGUGGUCUGGAGGAAAACACAAGGACGAGCGUCUGGCCGGUGGUUAUGAAAAUGUCCCAACUGUGGAUAUCCACAUGAACCAGAUCGAAUUUGAGAAGGAGUGGCUUAAAUUCCUCAAAGAGUACAUCGCCCCCGUCACUGAAAAACUCUAUCCUGGCUAUUACCCUAAGGUACAGUACUACCCUGAGGUACAGGUCAGGUACUACCCUGAGGUAC